AUGUGUACCCAGUGUCCCGUGCCUCGGCUUCUCCUUCAGCACAUAGUGCAGGAAGAACCAGGAAAUCGUAACAAGCCGUCCUGUGUUUCCACAACAAACAAUACAUUCGCACGGGUUCCGAUGAGGAAAAGGAAGAUCAAGUACAAUUCUGGAGUACAGUUGAACCUGCCCAAGGUGAUCGUUAGAGCAUGUGACCCAGUGCGCACAUCCAGGGUCUCCAUUCUCCAAAACAGCUUUGGUUACGGACACAGCACACCACAGACAGUGGGCGGCAAAGUAUUCUGCAUGUUCUACGCCAUCAACGGCAUCCCUCUGGGUAUCGUCAUGUUCCAGAGCGUGGGUGAGCGGCUCAACACCUUCGUCACCUUCCUCCUCAAACAAAUCAAGAAAUGCUUCAGGCUCAAAAGCACGGAGGUCUCUCAGACCAACCUCAUCUUCAUCGCCGGCAACCUCUCCGUCAUCGUUCUCACGACGGGCGCCGCCAUUUUCUCUUACUUCGAGGGCUGGGUCUACAUCGAUUCCUUUUACUACUGCUUUAUCACGCUGACUACGAUAGGUUUCGGUGAUCUGGUAGCGCUUCAGAAGGAUGAUAUGCUCACGAACCAGCCCGAAUAUGUGACCUUCUGUCUCAUUUUUAUACUAUUUGGCCUGACGGUCAUCUCUGCCGCUAUGAAUUUACUUAUCCUGCGCUUCCUAACGAUGAACACCGUAGACGAGAGACGCGAGGAGAUGGAGGCAGCCGCCGCCGCGAGAGGUGCUGUCAGACUGGACGGUGACGUCAUCACGUCCAACGGCAAUGUCGUGUCCGGCUCGCAGGAGACGCCAGAGUACAAUGACCUCAUUUCCGUGUGUUCCUGCUCGUGCUACAACCUGAGGUCACGUGGAAAACCCAGGUACUCUGUGACCAGGGCGCCGGGGAAGAUUGCACACCUGUUACCUGGCCCCGCCUCCUCCAAAGAGGAGAGUCAUAGUUGUACGGACGACAGCGCCUCAUGCUAUCAGAACCUAGGCAAGAAACGGGCCUCCAUCUAGCACUCACUAUACUUAUAUAAAACAUAUAUACAAUGUGAGUGUAUA